AUGUUUGUCAAACGGUCUCACAGCAAUGCUGAGAGCUUCUCAAAGUAUCGAGCCGGCAAGUCCUCGAGUCGGUCAAAGAGAUCGUUCAAAGAUUCCUCUUUUAGUACCUCGAGGAGGUCUGAGUCUGCCCGCCAUUCAGACUCCUCUCCGAUUACAGAUAACCUCAAUUCGGCCAUCAUCACCAUCUGUGUCGGGCCUGACCAGCGUCUCUUUGCCGCCCAUGAGGAUGUGCUCUGUGUAUCCCCCUACUUCUCUGCCUGUUGUCGUGGCCAGUUCUAUGAAUCCCAUACCAAACGCAUAAACCUGCCAAAUGAGCAACCAGAGAUACUCUCAUCCAUCCUCGAGUAUCUUUACAAGGGAGAUUAUUACCCCCGCUUGAUGCAUAACAAGCGUCGAGAUACUUGGCUGCUGGAGGACACUGAUACCACAGGCUCAAGGCCUUCAGCUGAGUCUACCAUUAUCAACCAAGCUGAUGGCACCUUGAUACUAAAGGAUACUGCUAUAUAG